AUGUCCACUAUUGACGCCUCCUUGUCCUUUCUCACGCCUAUUAUUGACGACCAUGACUUUGACGAAAAAUCUCCUUUGGUUGUAGGUGUAACUGGUCUCCAGGGAUCGGGCAAGUCGUACUUGUCUUCAAAGUUGACCACCGAAUUGUCCACCAGGUAUCCCGACUUAAAUGUCAUAAACAUCUCUAUGGAUGAUUUCUAUCUCACACACGCCGACCAGUUGAAGGUCAAUGCCGCCUUCCCCGAUAAUCCGUUGUUGCAAGGUAGGGGAUUGCCUGGUACCCACGAUUUGCAAUUGGCCACCCAGAUCUUCAGUGACUUGAGGACAAGUACUGACCGGGCCACCGUCCGUGUCCCAAUAUACGAUAAGUCCAAGUUUGGUGGCGAGGGAGACAGGUUAUCGGAAGAUCAAUGGCAAGUCGUAUCUUCUCCGGUUGAUAUUGUCAUCUUCGAGGGCUGGUUUAACGGUUUUCAAAACAUCACACAGGCAGAGGUACAAGAAAAGUACCGCGGAUCAGAGUUUUUCCACUCACAUCCCGAAAUCUCCACUCGUACCUUGGACACCGUGAAUGAUAACCUAGUUGCCUACCAGCAAUUCUGGAAAAUGUUUGACUGUUUCGUCCUCUUGUACUCUCCAGAUUUGCAAACAGUGUAUCAAUGGCGAAUCCAGCAAGAGCACGAGCUCAUAAGCACAAAAGGCAGGGGAAUGAGCGACGAAGAGGUUUACAAGUUUGUGAAUAGAUACAUGCCGUGUUAUAUUCUCUACUACGAAAGCUUACAUCAGUUGGGCUGCGUGGCCACCGCGAAGCGGAACUUGAAUCUCUUACUUGGCCCAAGCAGGAAUGUGUUGAGAUCCAGCUUGGUUUAG